AUGACUGAACUCCAGCCGAGUCUGGAGACUUUGAAAGCUCUGGCUGCUCAGAUCGCCGAGACAGGUGGGCUCGAGAACACAUUCUGUGUACACAAAACAAUUCUAGCAGACUCUUUGACUCCGCAGAGUGCAUACUUGAACAUUGCCCGCCCUAGUAGUCCUGAUGCAAAGCCGUCGUUCUUCUUGGAGAGCGCUCUCAACGGUGAACAACUGCAGCGGUACUGCUUUUUGGGUACCAAUCCUCGUAAGUUGAUUCGCACAGGCAAAGGAUACGAGAAUGGAGCUACUGAUCCCCUCAAUGAGCUCGAAAAGGAGUUGGCAAAAUAUAAACCAGCUACCCAGAUCGACUCAAUGCCCCCUUUCCGUGGUGGAGCUGUUGGUUAUAUUUCCUAUGAUUGCAUCAAGUACUUUGAGCCAAGAACCGCUCGUGAACUCAAAGAUAAUCUCCAAAUUCCCGAGUCUGUACUUAUGCUCUUCGACACGGUUGUUGCCUUUGACAACGUUUUCCAGAGAGUUCACAUCGUACACAAUAUCCAUACCGACAAGCCCCUUGCAGAGUUUGAUUUUGAUUCUGCUUAUGCUGAGGCUGGUAAGAUUAUUGCCAACACUAUUGAUCUGCUCCAGGGUCCAGAAUACCACAUUCCGCAAAAACCCGUUACUCCAAACGAUAACUACGAAUCAAACAUUGGUCAGGGUGGCUAUGAAUCGCACGUCAAGGACCUUAAGAGCCAUAUCAUGAAGGGCGACAUCAUCCAGGCUGUCCCCUCACAGAGAGUCAGACACCCCACUGAUCUGCAUCCGUUCAAUAUUUAUCGUCAUCUUCGCACAGUUAAUCCGUCACCUUACAUGUUUUACUUGGAUCUUUUGGACUUUGAAAUCAUUGGCGCGUCCCCCGAGUGUCUUGUGAAGUUGGAAAAGGGUCGGGUUGUCACUUUCCCUAUUGCUGGCACUGUGGUUCGCGGAAAGACCGCUGAAGAGGACGACAAACUUGCUAAUCAGCUUUUGCACUCGAUCAAAGAUCGGGCCGAGCAUGUAAUGCUGGUUGAUUUGGCUCGCAAUGAUAUCAAUCGUGUUUGUGACCCUCUGUCGUCCAGCGUUGACCAGUUCAUGAAACUCGAACGUUUCUCGCACGUAUCCCACCUUGUCUCCCAAUGCUCUGGUGUUCUACGACCCGAUAAAACCCGGUUCGAUGCUUUCCGUUCAAUUUUCCCCGCUGGAACUGUCUCGGGUGCUCCCAAAGUACGUGCAAUGGAAUUAAUCAGUGAGCUGGAAGGUGAAACCCGUGGUGUCUACGCUGGUGCAGUUGGCCAUUGGGGAUAUGACAAUACUAUGGACACUUGCAUUGCUCUUCGUACUAUGCUAUACAAGGAUGGUGAAGUUUACCUGCAAGCUGGCGGUGGCAUUGUUUAUGACUCUGAUCCCUGUGACGAAUACAUGGAGACUAUGAACAAAAUGCGGGCUAAUAGAACCUGUUUGGAACAGGCAGAGCAAUUGUGGAGCAAACGCACUUAA